AUGAGUGAUUCUUCCAACCUGUUGAAGACCACUGUUAACGACUAUUUGGAGAACCUUCCUGAAUCUGUGCACAACAAAUUGUACCAAUCUUCAAUCACAUGUUUAGCUAUUUUCAGAUUAUUGCCCUCACUAGCUAAAUUCUACGUCAUGAGUCUUCUAUUCAAUGAGCAUUCUGUUUCUUACAUUGACUUGACAAGAUGGAUACGUCCAGAUAACAUGACGCACUUGGUUUCGUCCUCUACAAAGUCGUCUUCGUCGUCCGCAGUCACUAAUUUUCCAGGAGCAAUCGGAAAGAAUAAGAUGUACCAAAACGAAUGUCUGAAAAGGUUGAAACAGCUAAACCUGAUCAAGGAUGUCAGAAAACAGUGGACUAAUCCUAAUACAGGGCAGUUGACAAACGUUGUUGUACUUCAAUUGAACCCAAUGUUUCGUAAGAAUUUUCGUAAUGCUCUCACAGGAUCCCAAAUGAGUAAUGAUCUCAAUAAUGAUAUCGAGAUGACAGAUGUGGAGGAAGUUUCGGAGGAGUUCCUGGAUCGGUACUCUUUAAUGAAGUGGGAAAAUAUCUUACAUUUCAUGGUAGGCUCAGAGGUGCCUGAAUUGCCCUCAAUCGGCGUUCUCUCGUUAUUGAGGCAUAGUGGGUUGAUGGAUAUUGGCGAAGAGAACGAGUUUAUAGCCACACCUAAACGUUUCAAAGGAGAUAAUAUGGAUUUGAAAUCCAUGAAAAUUACGCAGGACGGGUUUCAGUUUUUGUUACAAGAUAUCAAUGCCCAGAUAUGGCAACUUCUGCUACAGUAUCUUCGGAUGAGUGAAAAAUUAAUGAUGAAUCCAGUCGAUGUGUUGAAUUUUAUCUUCAUGCUGGGUUCUCUGGAACUAGGAAAACAGUACCCUGUUACUCUCUUGAGUGACACCCAAGUGAUAAUGCUGGAGGAUUUGGUUGAUUAUGGAUUAAUUUAUUAUCCAGAGAAAAAUAGAUACUUCUACCCAACCCGAAUGGCAACGACAUUGACAUCAGAAAAAACAACAUUCAAAACUGCAUCGAUGUCAAUGAAUCAAGUGCUGGAAGGGGGACCGGAGGUAAAAGACCACGGAUCUAUAGUGCUGGAAACUAAUUUCAAACUAUACUGUUACACCACUUCUCCCCUACAGAUUGCUAUCCUGAAUCUGUUUGUUCAUUUGAGAACAAGAUUCGCAAAUAUGGUUACGGGAAUGAUCACAAGAGAAUCUGUAAGAGAGGCUCUACGUAAUGGAAUAACUGCUGACCAAAUAAUAAAGUAUUUGGAAACACAUGCCCAUUCACAAAUGAAGAAACUCGCAGAAGAAAAAUUACUUAAAAAGUUAGAGUUCGAUUCGAACGCCACGGAAACUCAACAAAUCGGGUCGCAAGUCAAGUUAGAGGUAAUUCCUCCAACUGUAGUAGACCAGAUCAAGCUUUGGCAGUUGGAAAUGGAUCGACUUCAAACUUUUGCCGGUUUUCUUUUCAAAGAUUUUGCCAAUGCCCAAGAAUUUGAGCAAUUGGCUAACUACGCUGAUGAAGUUGGUGUGAUGCUGUGGCGGGACGAUGAUAAACGUAAAUUCUUCGUCACUGAGGAAGGAAUUGGCCAACUGAAUGAUUAUGCUAAUAGGCUAAAAAGACAUAGAGCUUGA